CCGCCCGGCCACAGUUUCUUUUUAAUUAAAACUUUAAAAAGAGUGACCCCUACAAGCAACUUUGAAGAGGCACGUGCAACUUGUUACGCAUGCGCUCUAUCUUCUCAAUGAUUGGCGUGCGCUUGUAUUUUCUACUUUCCUUAACAACGGUCACCGGGGAGACUAGAUCGGGAAGACGCCCCCUGUGGAUUGGCUGCCACUCGCUUCACCGCCUGUGGAGAACCACUAGAAGGGGCAGGUCCGGGCACUGCAGUGGCAGAGCUGGCUGUCCAGAUCCCAGGCAGGAGAGCGCCUGGCUGUGGCUCGGAAGGACGCAGAGAUGAUCAGCCCCACAUCCAGCCAGAUCAUGGGUGUUAAGGUGCAGUCGGAAUUUGAACAGCUCCCCAAACUGCAGCAGGAUCUGGAGAGGUGUCCCAGCUCGGUGGGUGGAUUGGCCAUGAGGACUGGAACAGACGUGCCGACCGAGUCUGCCGCAUCGGCCACUACCUCUAUGGACAUGGCUGAAGAUCCUGGAGCCAACUUAUUCCCGCCACCGCUACCCCAGUCCCGGAUCUGUAUGUGGAAAUACCUGGACAUCCAUUCUAUGCACAGACUGGAGAAGGCAGCCACUGUGGAAGAGAUGAGAGAGGUUCUGGCUGAGCUCUUGGAGCUUGGCUGUCCUGAGCAGAGCCUACGGGAUGCCAUUAUCUUGGACCUCUUUUCCCAUGUGCUCAUCUUCUGCCGCCAGCAGGGCUUUUCACUAGAGCAGACAUCAGCAGCUUGUGCCUUGCUCCAAGAUCUUCACAAGGCCUGUGUUGCUACCCCUUUGGGCAAUGUGGAGGAGUGCUACCGUUACUUUACGAGCAGUCUCUUCUGCCAUGGAGUCAGGCGGCCCCCUUUCAGCAUCGACCUCUUUAAAGAGGAACAGCUGCUGGCGUUGGCAGACUAUGUGGUCAACACCUACUUCCGCCACUUCAAGCUCUACAAAUACGUCUUCACACCCCAGGUUCGGCUGGACCUGUCUUUGACUUACAUGGGGCUACAGCUACCCAAGUCCUGGCCGGAGGAAAAAGAAGAUGGCGAGGCCACAGCAGAACAAGGAGCUUCUCCACAGGAGGAAGAACCAGAAACUGUGACCCAGCCAGAGCAACAGCCAAGUGAGGUGUGCAUCCUCCAAACCUAUAUCAAGACCCAGCUGAGCAAGGGGCUGAGGCAGCUGCAGCAGCUGGUGGAGGAGCGCCUCAAGGAGAGCGAGGAGAGGGUGAGCAGCAAACUGGCUGCCCUGGAGCGGCCCCACCAGCCCCCGCCCAGUAAAGGCAAGGCCAAGACCAAGUGAUCCCCAGCAUCUUCUCCAAUAAAGACCUGACCAGAGCAGCCCAUCCCCCA